UUGAGGAGGCGCACGGAGCUCGAGACUCACCUAAAUUACCGUUAAUCGAGACAUUAUUUCUCUCCAAAAGAACCAAAGCGUAUUUUGUAUCAGGAGUCUCUGAUGUUCAUUUCGAUGGCACAUAUAGUGACCUGACUUGGACUUAUGAGGAGACUGUAGCUGUAAUUUAGCCAUGGCGUUUCCUCAAGGAUACUUGUAUCAGUCUUCACUCUCUCUCUACUCGUGUCCGCCGCACGGCUCCGGUGCGGUAACGGGACCGCGGACAAAUGAUCUCGGACGGUCGUCCAGCGGCUCUGCUUUCGCCCCGUACGCGUCCACAGCUUUCACAAACACUUCAGCCUUCAACUGUCUCCAGUACAGCUCUGAAUCCACUGCACCCUUCACUUCAAAUGUGGGCUCCCCAUACGACCAUUCUCCAGGCAUGACUUGCUCUAUAGGCUAUCACCCGUACGCCGGUCCCCUGGGCACGUACCCGUUUGGGGACCCCGGUUAUCGGAAGAACGCCACUCGAGAUGCCACCGCGACCCUGAAGGCCUGGCUCAGUGAACACCGGAAAAACCCUUAUCCCACCAAAGGAGAGAAAAUCAUGCUCGCCAUCAUCACUAAAAUGACUCUGACUCAGGUGUCCACCUGGUUCGCCAACGCCCGCAGGAGACUGAAAAAAGAGAAUAAAAUGACCUGGACGCCACGGAACAGGAGUGAAGAUGAGGAUGAGGAGGAUAGCAUUGAUUUAGAGAAAAAUGAUGACGACGAUGAGCCGCUAAAGCGAGUCGAAUCAACAGAGAUGAGCAAAGAUUCAGUUGGCGAUGACUGCUCAGGAAAGCAGGACGACGCGACGGAUCGUGUUAUAAUCGACUGUGAAGAACAAGAGAACCGGACAGAUUCUCCGGUGCCCACGACCUCCUCUCCCCGAAAACAGAUCAGCGACAGCCCGAAGCCCCUCAGUGAAAACUGCAUAGCCGCAUCUGUCAUUCAUUCAGCAAACCCGACCCCCAAACCCAAACUGUGGUCCCUUGCUGAAAUCGCUACGUCGGACAAGGGGUGUGACGAACCGUCCCAAACAUUUGGGGCGUUAUCUCCCCCCCGGUCACCUGCGCAAUGCCCCUUUCCCCCCAGACACUUCUACUACGCGUCUCCUUUCUAUCCGGCUUUCACGAACUAUGGCACGUACGGACACCUGAACGCAACGCAAUCGAACGGAAUAAAUACUGCCGUGUUACAACGAGCGCGAGACGGCAAAGUGACUCUGGAUGUGUGUGAAGAACUCAGCUUUGACAAAAAGAGGGCGAAUAUUUAGGGACUUUUCAGUGUGCGAUCUGUAUGAACUCAACACGAAAUAAUAGAAGACUUUUUAUAUUGGUAUGGAUAUGUUUUAUGCGAGAAAUGCCUUUUCUUUACAUAUAUAUCAUUUAAUGUUCAAUAUUUGUGCAAGAGGCCAAAGUAGCCUACUACUUAAAAGCGUUUGUGAAUUGAAAGGGUCUUUUUAACGGCUCUUCUCAACAGUCUUACACAUUUAAAUGAUCAUCUGUGCCAUUCUGCAAACUCCACUUGAUCUGUCAUCUGAUAUGAAACAAAAAUAAUCGCAUCAAGAAAAUAUAAUACAUUUUCUACACUGAUAAAUGGUCAUUGGUUCUCAACCUUUUGGGCUCUAACGCCCCCCAUUGUCCAAGUAUUCGAAUUUGAACAAUAAUCAAUUAUUUUUUUUAAUUCAUUUUAAUUAAUACAAAUUGGUUUAGC